GAAGUGUACAAUUUAGUCACCACUUGUACACGCAGACAGCACGACGGACAUUCGUUUUUUAUCUAGUACCUACCUACUUUCUAUAUUGCGUUUUUACCGCCGAGGCGCUGAACGUAACCAUAAUAUAAUAUUGUUAUUGUAACAAACGUUAUUGUAUUGUAAAAAGAAUUCAUACGAUACAUUUCCGGACGCCGCGUCAUGACGACUUAUAAAUUGACGUACUUCAACCUGACAGCUCGGGCCGAACAGAUCCGAUUCCUCUUAUCGUAUCUAAACGUCGAUUUUCAAGAUGUUCGAUUCGAACGCGAACAAUGGCCAGCGAUCAAACCUACCAUGCCGUUCGGUAAAGUGCCGGUGUUGGAAAUCGACGGAAAAACAUUUAAUCAGUCCAUAGCUAUCUGUCGGUAUUUGGCGAAAAAAGCCGGCUUGGCUGGUGACGACGAAUGGGAAUCGUUAUUGGUAGACGUUGCAGUCGAUAACAUUUACGAGAUAAGACAAGAAAUCAUGAACUAUUAUCAUGAACCAAAUGAGGAAAUCAAAUCAAAAUUACGUGACCCUAUCGUAAAUGAUUCAAUUCCAUUUUAUUUUGACAAAUUUGAAAAGAUUGUUUCUGAAAACGGCGGUUACUUUGUAAAUGGAAAGUUAUCUUGGCCUGACUUAUACUUUGUAUCUAUAUUGGAUCACAUAAAAUCGGUAAUCGAUGUCGACCUGGUUGAUGGCCGUCCACAUCUCACAGCUCUUAAACACAAAGUCUUGGCUAUUCCUCAGAUAAAAUCAUGGAUCGCUAAACGACCAAAAAGUCAAUGAAAAUAUCCAUGAUAUUAUUUCCUGUAAACGAAGAUACUUAGAUACAUACAGAUGAUAUUAACUAUAAGUAAAUUAAUUGUGAAUACAUUAUUUUGCGUAUUUCUGAAGAUAAUAAAUAAAUAAGUAAUAAUAUUUAUUGUAACAACAAGCAGCAAGAUUCACAACAUACAUUAAAAAAAAAAAAUUGCUAAAAACUGUUUGUGUAAAAUAAACAUUCGCAGAUACAAUUCAA